AUGCCCCACGAACCUGCCCGGAUGCGUACAUCUUAUUCAUCGGACUUCCUGUAUACGCUCACCACGGAUGAGUUGCGCAUGGACGGCUUUCGCCGUGCCAUGGCCACACACCGUGCCAAGCGUGUCUUAGAGAUCGGCUGUGGGCCCUGGGCUCCGCUGGUCAAGCUCUCCUUGGAAGCCUCUGCUGAGCACGUCACUGCCGUGGAAGCCUCUCCAGCACAUGCCCAGAUGGCCCGGAAGCAAGUUGCACACUAUGGCGAUCGAGUGCAGAUCUUGUCUGGGCGGUCCAUGUCCUUACCCACUGAGCUCUUGGCGGAGCAGGAGCCAGAACUACUGGUGGCAGAGCUGCUGGGAUACACGGCCAGCAAAGAGGGCGCACCGGCCAUCCUAGCAGAUGUGCAACAUCGCUUGGGGCCACUGCCGACGGUACCAAAGCGUGCCAGCAGCUAUUUAGCACCCGUGCAAACACUGGAAGUGGGACUCUAUGACAGCCGGAACUUCCCUGAAGACUUACAUUUGGCAGAGGGCCAGCUUUGGGAGGACUACGACUUCGAGUGUGGGAUUCUGGCAUGAUUUGAGACUGGUACCAAGUCUAUUGUGUAGGUUGAGUUGCGCUCUUACCUUCUGAUUGAUUAACAUUAGCAAGUGUCCCCGGCCCUGUCAGCCUUGAUUUACUGCUGACCACCCUUUUGGUGGUCCUGCAGAAUUAGAUUCGACGCAGAUGUGUGUUUUUUUACGGUUUCCAGCGCCAGGCCUCGAAAAGCAGAAGCCUCAGGCGAACAACGAAGGAUCGCCUUUAGCGUUGGAUAUGUAAGUGUAAGAACUCUGUGUUGAGGUGAAGCUUUUGGUUGGUCUUUGUGCCUUGUAGAUGUCCAUGAAAAAAUUGUGCAUGACGCUUGCAGUUGUGUGAUCCACGGGCACUCAAUUUGGCCAAGCUUGUUUGUCUUCUUGUGGGAAGAGCAAACCUCACAUCCCAGGCAUGCUAAUGUUCCCAUGUGCCCUCCCUUGGGAAGAGGAGGCAAAGGAUCGCUUCACAGAAUCUAAUGGCCGUACAAUUCACACCCGAUUCAUGCCCGAUUCCUACCCGAAUCACACACCUCCACACAGUCUCCCACCUAUCCCACAUCUUGGUUGUUUUGCUGGGGCCUGCAGAGGGCCACUGGUGCAGUCAAAAGGGUCGUGCCUUUGGUGAGGUGUGGGGUCUUUGGAUUUGCCUAGUCUGCCCAGCAACCUACAGAUACUGCUUGCCUACUGCCUCACGGCGCAGACUGCUGAAAGUCCCGCCAAUCCAACAAUACUGCGAAUUAUUUGCGAAUCAUACCCUCGAGUCAUACCCCCGAAUCAUACACACCCAAUUAGGUUGGAGGCCAUCGCUAUUAGGUUCCUUAAAAUUCUUUUCUUUAAGUCAGGUGGGAAAUUCACAAGUGGGAGGCCCGCACUGUUGGUCUAUAAACCUCUCACAUAUUCUUUGCGUCAAGAAGUGUCGGUUGGACAGACACAAAAAUUAUGCCGCGUGGGGCGAGGCGCAGAAGAUCUCUACUUGAUGAAUGUUUACAAAGAGGUGAAAACCUGGAAGCGUUCGGCGUUCAAAGAUCUCUUUGUCCAAAUGCCGACGUUUCCACCGACCGGAGCUCAGCCAGCUUCUGCGACCGCUCAGGCUUCAAGAACAGCUACAGCAGCGGAAGCGCCUGACCUUCCAGGUGCCGGUGGGCUCAGAGGUUGGUGGCACUUUGCUGUGGAUGCAAACUGAGCUCUCGGAUAGUAAUGUCAUCGAUACACGCAGGGACUUCACCUCCUGGAACCAAUACUAUUUGCACUUGGAGCCUCAAGUUGUCGAAGAUGGUCAACUGGAGGUGUGCACUGCGGUCGAUGCGCGCACCGAAGAUGUGACCUACGAAUUUCAGGUCGGUCAGCGGAAGUUCUCAGUCGUAUGAGGAAACUAAUUAGCGCCCUUGCUCCUAGGAGUUUCUUGCUCCUAGUAGUAAGGCCAGGAGCCCCUAGUAGCGAUGCCCUUUGCUCCUAGUAGCGAUGCCCUUUGUUGUUGGAAACAAACUUUGAGAUGAUGAAAUUUCAGAGAAGCAAAAAACUCGUAGACUGAUGGACAGUUGCAAAGAAAAAGGCUAAUUAGCUAGGUGUUUCACAACAAAAAUUGUACAAAGAUUCCGGUUCUGAUUCUGUCGAGCAAGUCUUGCAAGUCGAGCCAAAGAUGCCACUUGAAGUCACUGCCGAACUGGAACCAGUUAUGCGCUCGCGUUAGUUUAAAUGAUGAGGCAUCAGCGCGAUGAUUAGGACUGCGUAGGCGUCGGUGGCAAUUGUUUCGCUUGCAGCAAAUACUGUGUUGGUCCGCACCUUUGCCUGCAAGAAUCAAAGUGGCUCACUUUUUAAGGGUUGCUUUAGAAGCCUUUGAAAACUUCCACGUUGACAGCCAAUCGUUAGUUAUUUCACCCUGCUUCAGAAUGCCAAUCAGGAAUUUUCCAAUACAACCGCCACCUGGC